AUGAAGAUAAAGCAUGACACACAAACACACACACACUGUUGCAUGUCGUGUCAGCUCAGUGGAGAAAGACAACUUGUCAACCUCUAUCUAUCUCUACUCUACCUAUUCAUUCUCAUCACUCACAACAAACUUUCCAAACAUGAUUCCAAUCUUUUUUCCUUUUUUUUCUAUAUUCCUACCUCAUCCAAUCAAAUUACUAUAAUUGAUUUACUCACUAAACUGCUCAUUUCCUUUCCUCUCCUCACCGAAGAGGCUCUCUUUGUUCCUUCCUUAUUUUACAACAAGUUCUGUCCAUUCGUGACAACAAUCUCUUGUUUGGUUGCUGUUUUCUUUCUGUAUUACAACUAUCUAUCUUAUGUUUUUUUUUAUCUUUCCACCCACUUCUCUCUCUAA